CAGACAGAUGACCCUGUGCGAUACAUUAAGUUUACACGGUUGCGUUGCGGAUAAGUUCACCCAAUUUCGAACCUCUGCAUUCCUGAUUUCAGAUUUUUCCGGGUUGGCAUACUUUGAUAACAAGAUUUAAGUCAGAAGUGUCAACAUAAACUUUAGAACAGUCCUCUUAUAGGGAGCCCAAACUUGGGAAUUUACCACAAAUAUUACAUCGAGAAUUGAACUGAAUAACGCUCGUAAAAAUGUGCGGGAGAGCAUAGAGCGGCGUUUAUUGAAUAUCUCUGGUCGAUAGCUUAUGUCUGAUAAUGAAUAACAGGUUUAAUUUUCAUUACAUAGUACUUUGGAGAUGCGUGUUGGAUAGAAUGCUCAGUAGUGCUUUCUUAUGCAGUCCUUAAACAUCUCGACGUAUAUCUCAUUUCAUAAGGUACUACUUAUCAUAUCAUAAUUUGUUAAACAUUCUGAGACGUUCAUCAGUAAAAUAGUAGCGUCUUCAACAUCCAACAGCGAGUUCGACCUUGAGAACGAACGUAGUGUCCUUCGUCGGUUGCUGAGUUUCAAGGUUCAGGUACCAUUUACCAAGGUCGUCAUUUACAAACAUCAUAUGUUAUCUUCACCAUUAGGGUUUAAUGUCCAAAGAAAUGUAAAGAUAAAAUCAAUUUACCAGGUUAUUGGUAUCUUGGUUGGAGUAUGCUUCAAUAUAUUUUAUAUCACAGUGCGAGAUGUAGGGACUGCAGUUUGUUGUUCAUUUUCAAUUCUGUUUGGGUCUGUUGGACUAUAUGUCGACAUACAGUUACUCAGAGGACACUGGAGAGUAUGGCCAUGUAUCCUUCGACGGUACAUGUGGCUGGGUAUAGUUGGGUCAAUUCUCUCUUUAGCGGUGCUUCUGGGGAAUUUAUACAAUGAAAUGAAAAACCGUCGUAAGUUAGCAAUUAGACUAAUAUAUCUUAGAAAUGUCAUCUUUUCGGUCGGAUUUAUGGUCGUUGUCGUCCCUACACUGGUCAGCUAUCCUAGCAUGGACAUCUUGGAAGUACCAUGUUCUGCUAACAGAUGUUUAUACGCUAUCAAAAGGUCACAGUUAGUGUCUUUUCUGUUCGCCUUAGUGUGAGAUAAUAACCUUAUUAAAACUACUGGAACUUUAUUUAUACAUAUAGUUAAAUUUUACCAUACGUAUAUGGUGAAAUCUGACCACUUAAAUUACUUUGUUUUAUAUGGACGUUUAAUUGUACCAGUAAACAUGUUACCUGCCUUAAAUUCACAUACCUGCUUUUUCACCUUUUGCACUUGAUCAAAUUUUAAAAAAAUUGAGACCCUUAAUCUUGAAGUGAUUUUUUCCAACACACGGCCUAUUUCAGUAAAUUAACAAAACGGCAGUUAUCUUAUGUCGAUGAUGCAACGUCUAUUGGAGACCUGGUUUCACGUUAGAGGUAUCAGUGAAAGACGAUUCGUGGUGUAGUAGUGUGUUUCAGUAGUCUACAACUCGGUGGAACGCGAACUUCUAGACGUAAACACUCCACUCCAGAUUAAUAAGGGAAUUGGAAUUAAGAAGUCUCAGGAAAAGACAACAUGCGUAUUUACUCUCAACCCAGACGUUUAGAACGAUGAGCGAAAUAUUUCAAGGAGCAGUUUAUCUGACAUUUAGCCACUCUACGACUGCCCAUAAUUUCAAAACAACCUGAAUGGAAUGUUGAAGUAGGUCCCGCGACUCUAGCAGAAGUUCGAAAGGCU